CGGAGAGAGGCGAGACGUGAGACCAGGUGCGCCAUCAGAGCCCAACGAGUACAACUUCAACUUCAAAAAACGCGGGCUGUUUCUGCUCAUCAACAACAGACAUUUUGAGGAGGAGACGGACAGCAGAACAGGUGAAGAAGGAAGUGACGUAGAUGCCGAAAGAUUGGAAGAGCGAUUUCAGGAUUUAGGAUUUGAAGUACGUAGAUACGAUGACGUCACGUGUGCUAAAAUGACGUCCCUUCUAUACGAUGCUGCCUCUGUUGACCACACUGACCACGACUGUUUUGGAUGUGCUGUAUUGUCUCACGGCAGGGAGGGCAUGGUGUAUGCCAGGGAUGGGCAGAUCUCGCUUGACCUUCUUGUGUUGCCUUUCAAGGGAGACCGGUGCCCGUCUCUCAUAGGAAAACCUAAGCUCUUUUUUAUCCAGGCUUGUCACACCAGAAGACAGACCAUGUACCUGGACACCCCGUCUAGGGGCCGGACCACCAGGUCACCGUCCCCCGCCUCCCCCUCCUCCAGCAGACGAUCACCGGUCUCGCCGAGCCUGACGGGAGACGAGGACUCCUCCGACAGUUCCGUCUCUGUGCACAUGCGCAAGAUUCCCAUAGAAGCAGACUGCCUCUUCUGUUACUCCACGGUUCCAGGCUACUACUCGUGGAGGAACAACCAGGACGGCUCGUGGUUCAUCCAAGCGCUGUGCAUCGUCCUGGAGAACUACGGCACCAAGAUGGAGCUCAUGCACAUGCUGACACACGUCAACAGGAUCGUGGCCUACGAGUUCGCGUCCUGCAGCGACAAGGAGUUCAUCGAGUCCAUGAAACAGAUGCCUUGCAUAGUGUCUAUGCUGACGAGAUAUGUUUACUUCCGGCCUAAGAAACAGGACAUCCGCUAAAGCUUCACCGGCUAUUGUUGACGAUGUGCAUUAUAAAACUAUCGGCUGUUUGCUGCACAAAAAGUUGAAACAAAAAAAAAGCGUUUUUUACCGUUUCUUUUCCCGAGCAUAUUUUUGCCUUUUACAAUACUAAAAGGAUACGAUACUUGAAGUUCAGGGUGCCUGAUAAAUUGAAGUUUGA